GGUUCCGCGCAAGCGCAGAAUCCACACAGCGGAGGAUUGUGGGACAGAAAGCUAUCGCCAGGGCAACAAGCAGAGUUUAGCGAGCGGAAAUCUGCUGCUAGCAGAACAGUAACGGCAAUUAAUUAUUAAACAAACAAAUUUUACACCAAAUACCGUUUUAUUUUGUUGCCAUGAACGAAUCUGUAGCCAAAAAGACCCAGGAGACUCUGGGAAAAGUGAUCAAGAAGCCUCCUCUGACAGAAAAGCUGCUCAGCAAACCGCCGUUUCGAUACCUGCACGACAUCUUCAGCGAGGUAAUACGUUCUACAGGAUUCAUGAAAGGACUUUACGGAGAAGCAGAGAUGAAGUCAGAUAAUGUGAAGGACAAAGACUCAAAAAUAGUGUUCCUUCAGAAGGCCAUCGAUGUGGUGAUGCUGGUUAGUGGAGAGCCCUUGGCUGCUAAACCUGCUCGAAUCGUAGCCGGAUACGAACCUGAGAAGACCAACGAGCUGCUGCAGAUCAUUGCUAAGUGUUGUCUCAACAAGCUCUCCAGUGAUGAGGCUGUUAGACGGGUGUUAGCUGGAGACAAGGUGGAUCUGAAGGGGAAGCCCAGCACCUCUAGGUCCCAGGACAAGGAGAACAGAGAGGGCAGGGAGCGCCACCGAGACCGUGAGGAGACGAAGGGCAUCAAGGAGAGCAGCGGGAGCCGAGAGCAGAAAGAUCCAGAUCAACCAAAAGAUCAAGAGAGCAAGAGAGAUGACAAGGACCGCCGGCGAGAUGCUGAGAGGUCAGACAAGGCACGCGAAAGAGACCGGACAAAAGACAGAGACAGAGACAAGGACAAGAGCCGGGAUCGGGAGAAAGACAAGACCAGAGAGAAUGAGCGGGAAAAGGAAAAGGAGAAGGACCGCAACAAGGACAAGGAGAGAGAACGAGAGAAAGAAAGGGAUAAGAAAAGGGAACGAGAAUCUCACAAAGACAGGGAACGAGACAAGGAGAGAGAGCGCGAGAAAAGACGGGAGAGAGAAAGAGAAAGAGAAAAAGAACGACACAAAGAGACUGACCAGAAGCUAAAGGACAGAGGCGAUAGAAAGAUCAAAGCAGCAGAGGAGAUCAGCAAGCCAAAGCCUCACCCAGAGGUUGUGAGUAAAACACUUGAAGCCGAAGCAGACGAGGCUGAGAGUCCUUCCCGAAUCCCAAGGCCCUCAUCGGCUAAAGGACAGCGGCGACGGCCCAAAACAGGAGGUCAAGAUGAGACUGACAGUGAAGGAGAAAGGGAAGCCCCUUCAGCAGAGAAACCAGUCCCCAUUGAGAAUGGAGACAUUACGGAUUCUGUGCCACCUCAAACAACACACAGACGGUUACCUCGGCCUAGCAGUGCACGACCGGCAGCCCCCCGCGUCAAACGACAGGAGAGCUACACUGAUCAUGUGACCCCAGCAGAGAGGCUGGGCAGUGGCAAGACACCCGCGACUGUCAUUUUGGAUGGCAAGAGGCUCUCUGAAGAUGAGGAUGAUGAAGAAGGGCAGUUUGUGGUGGAGGAGGCAGCUGCACCUCCUCCUGACGUAGCUGAAGUUGAGCGUAAUUCACUUGAACUGCAAGGGGACGACAAACACGGUGGACUUGUGAAAAAAAUUCUGGAGACAAAGAAAGACUAUGAAUCAUCUCCAGCCACAAAGUCAAAAGAACAGGAUCGGUCACUGGUGUCAGAGUCGUCUCGUAAGAAAGAACGUGAAUUGGUGGCGAAGGAGAUCGAGCGACUGCGUUCAUCCAUACAGACAGUGUGUCGCAGUGCUCUGCCUCUGGGCAAGAUCAUGGACUACAUUCAGGAGGAUAUGGACUCCAUGCAGAACGAACUGCAGACCUGGCGCAAAGAGAACAAGGAGAACGCACAGGCUCUGCUACAGGAGCAAAGAAUCACAGACAGCGUUGUGGAACCUCUGAAGACUGAACUCGCUGAACUGGAGCGGUUAAUCAAAGACCAGCAGGACAAGACCUGCGCAGUCAAGUCCAACAUCCUGAAGAACGAGGAGAAGAUCCAGAAGAUGGUAUCCAGCAUCAGCUUCUCCUCACAAACGUGAAUCUCAGCACAUCCCAAAAGGAACCCGAAGCACUGAGCAGCAGGGAGUGCUCCUGUUAAUAGAUCCCCAUGUGUUUGAGCCGCACCGGACAGAGUUCAGAAGGUGCAGGUACAGUCUGGAGUCAGUCUCCUCAAACCCCCUUCAUGUAAGGUGCCUUCUGUUAGACCCAGGAUCUGUUUGCGCUGGUCCAUUGGGAUUCUCAAACACACUCGCACAUCUGCAGUAGAUUUGCACUCGUCACUUGCUUGAAAGAUAAAUGUGUGUGGUCACCAUACUGAUGUGUCCUGUAUUUUUUAAGUAGGACUUUAAGUGCUUUCCAUGUUCUCUUAGAAAAACAGACUGACUGGUUUAUAUAAAAAUAAAUAAAAAAAUAGCUUUUUUUCCAUUCAGACUGACAGGUGUUUUUGUCUCCCAGGAGAACAUUGGCAAUAUAUCAUCUAUAAUUAUUUAUAUUUGUUUAUGUGUGCAUAAAAAAACCAUGGAAGCUUGUUUCUGAAAGUUUUUUUUAUGUCUGGGAUUAAAUAAUAAAAUAGUUAAUUACAGCUUUUUAUCUCAGUUUGUAGUUUUUCAUGACAUAUAAACUUGCAAUUGCAAGAAAAAAGUCAGAAUUGUGAGAAAGUUACGUUUUUUUAUUUAACGCAAAAAAAAAAACUGUUGCGAAUUCAGAUAAAAAGUUAGAGAAAGUAAGUCCGAUUUCUGAGUUUAUAUCUCGCAAUUCUCAAAAUUGUGAGCUAAAAAGUCACUUAUAUAUUUUUAUUUAUUUAUGCUGUGACUGAAACAAGCUUUCAUGGAAAUAUGACGUGUAUAUAUAUAGAUAUAUAUUUAAUGUAACUUUCUAAAGCUGCUAGUAAGCAAUAGAAUUUUACAGAUGAGCAUUAGAAUUGCCAAAAAUUGGAGACACACUACACGCGCACCUCUGCACUUUGAAGAAUGAAUCUGUAAUGCAGCGCAUCAUUUCCCUGUACACAUCCAGAACCGCUCAGAUAGCUUAACAUAUAUUCAAAGAAACGAGCUGAGAUUGCAUAAAUGUUUUUUAAGUCAAUUUAUCAUCUAAACAAGAAAUGUACCUUGAUCAACUGUAUAUGUGAAUUCCAAAUUCAUAUCAAUAAUGAUAUUUCAUUUGAGAAUACAUGACAGAGAAACUUUUUUAGAGGGCUGUUGAGAGCGUUUUCUACUGCAAACUGAGAUCCAUGAAGCAAUUAAUAAAUGUAUUAUAUCUAUUUUGAUAAGUUUAUGAGAAAAAAACUGUGUUAGAUGAAGCAAUAGUUGAAUCUGCUGCUCAAGCACAACAUUUAGAAAAUCUUCAGCAUGUAUAUCCAGUCAGACUUGGAUACUGUGGUACUGUACCAGUGUCUAGAUGAAUUUGAUAUCUAAACCACACAGCAUGAAUGUCAGUAGAAUCAGACUUCAAUACACAGAUCAUAUACUACAUCAGUAUUAUCAGCUGUGACACAAAAUACAUUUUGCUAUUUAAGUAAAAUCAACUUCUUAAUGUCGAUAAAAUAUAUUUGCGUUUCCAUUUACUUUGUAAAAGAGCCGACCAUUUACACUGUAUACGAUUUUUACCAUUUGCUGUACAUUUUGUGUAUAUGUUGUUUGUAUCAUAGUCCACAAAUGAAUAUUAAUUUUGUAGUGAAGUCUAAUAAACGGUUACAUUUCUGUUAAAA